AUGCCGGAUAAUUCUACUAUUUAUAUCGGCACUGCCUUCGCUGCAGGGGUCUGUCUAGCUCUCAUCGGUAAAGACCUGUUAGACUCUCGGCGCCGUCAAAAAGACUCCACCAAAGGCGCAAUAUCUGGUCAACUGAUUGCACGAUCAGGACCACCGGCCAUUGUUGAUGGCAUUGAGGGAUGUAUUGGAAAUACGCCCCUUUUCCGAAUCAAGUCACUUUCGGAUGAAACGGGAUGUGAAAUCCUGGCUAAGGCCGAAUUCCUAAACGGCGCCGGUCAGAGUUCCAAGGAUCGAGUGGCUUUGAGCAUGAUUGAAUUGGCAGAAGAACAGGGAAUUUUGACUCCAUAUUCCGGUGAUACUAUAUAUGAAGGCACAUCAGGGUCGACAGGGAUAUCGUUAGCCACGUUGGCCCGCGCAAAGGGCUACUUGGCUCAUAUCUGCAUGCCUUCCGACCAAGCAAUUGAGAAGUCCAACCUUCUUCUCAAACUGGGGGCCAUUGUCGACCGAGUGCCCCCAGCACCAAUUGUUGAAAAGGACAAUUUUGUCAAUCGCGGCGAUAUCCAGCUAUCAAACCGCAUGAACAGAGGCCGAGGUUUUUUCGCAGAUCAAUUUGAGAACGAGGCAAACUGGCGAGCUCACUACGGCGGAAGUGGACCAGAGAUCUACGCUCAGUGCAAUGGUAGACUUGACGCAUUUAUAGCCGGUGCUGGCACUGGAGGUACGAUCUCUGGUGUCGCCCGAUAUCUGAAGCCGUUGUUGCCGAAUCUCACAGUGGUUCUGGCUGACCCGCAAGGUAGCGGCCUGUACAAUCGCGUGCGGUUCGGUGUGAUGUUUGAUUUGAAGGAGAGGGAGGGAACUCGCCGCCGUCGUCAAGUCGAUACCAUCGUGGAAGGGAUUGGCAUCAAUCGUGUGACGGCUAACUUUGAAGCGGGUAAGGAGCUCGUGGAUGAUGCUGUUCGUGUGACGGAUGCCCAGGCAUUAGCCAUGGCGCGAUGGCUCGUUGAAAAGGACGGGAUCUUCAUUGGCAGUAGCAGUGCGGUGAAUUGUUUUGCGGCUGUGAAGAUAGCGCAGAAGCUUGGCCCUGGCCAUCGAAUCGUGACUGUGCUAUCAGACUCAGGGUCGAGGCAUUUGUCUCGCUUCUGGGCAAAGGCGGGCGACGUGGGUGGUGCAGUGGACACCAAGCUUAGUGAUGUUCUGAGCGCGCGAGAUGAAGAUUUUCAAUAG